UAUUCUGUCCAUAUUUCAACUCCAUUCUCAGAGAGAGAGAGAGAGAGAGAGAGAGAGAGAGAGAUGGAUAGGAGAGAAGUGAAGGAAGAAGAAGAAGAAGAGCAUGAGAUUGUGAUAGUCGGCGGUGGGAUUUGUGGUCUUGCCACCGCCCUUGCUCUACACAGGAAGGGUGUGAGAAGUGUGGUUCUGGAAAGAUCAGAGACAUUGAGGGCAACUGGUGCAGCUAUUGGGAUCUUGGCUAAUGGUUGGCUCGCCCUUCAUCAGCUUGGCCUCGCUUCUCUUCUCAGACAAUCUUCUCUUCCUCUUCAGCGGGCUCGAGAGGUAUGGCUUGAUAAGGGUUCAACCAAAGAAACAUCAUUUGGGCAUGGUGAAGCUCGAUGCUUGAAGCGGAGUGACCUUAUCAAUACACUAGCAGAUGCUUUGCCACCACAUACAAUACAUUUUGGGUGCCACAUAGUAGGUGUUAAGCUGGAUCCUUUAACUUUCAAUCCAAUUCUCCAACUGCUUGAUGGCAGGUGUAUUGUUGCCAAGGUAAUUAAUUAAUGUUCAUCAUCGAUCUUCACUCCGUUGCUUUUAUAUGGCAAUUGUGUACAAUAACUUACUCUGUAACCAAUUUAUUAUGCAUGCACAUUCAGCAUUAUGAUCCAUCUAUUAAGUUAUUGAAAAUUGUGUUGUACUGCAAACACGCAUAGCUAGCCCUUUUAUUUUAUCCAUGUCCUCCAAAGCUUGUAUUGAGGAAGGACCUUUAAAGAUUAUUGAAAUUAGUUUCCUGUGUGUUGGUUGGAAUAAUUUCCUUUACAAUACUUAGUAACAUCAAUUUC